AUGUCUAGAUCAGGUGUUGCCGUUGCAGAUGAAUCAUUAACUGCCUUCAAUGAUUUGAAGUUGGGUAAGAAGUACAAGUUUAUUAUUUUCGCUUUAAACGACCAAAAAACCGAAAUUGUUGUUGAAGAAACCUCAAAUAACUCGGAUUACGAUGCAUUCUUAGAGAAGUUACCAGAAAACGAAUGUAAAUACGCCAUUUACGAUUUUGAAUACGAAAUCGGUGGUGGUGAAGGUAAGAGAUCCAAAAUUGUGUUCUUCACAUGGUCCCCUGAUACCGCACCAAUUAAAUCCAAGAUGAUUUAUGCCUCUUCUAAGGACGCUUUAAGAAGAGCAUUGAACGGUGUUUCUUCCGAUGUCCAAGGUACGGACUUUUCUGAAGUUGCUUACGAAUCUGUUUUAGACAGAGUUAGCAAGGGUGCUGGUUCUCAUUAA